AUGUCAGCAGGCACACCACAGAUCGAGACGGUGACCGUCUCAACAACGGAAGAAGCCAUCGUCGCCAACGCGGACUACCACAACCACCUCCUAUCCACCCUCUCCCAGCUCGACUACGCCGAACCCGCGCUGACGCAGCACCGCUCCUACAUCGCGGAUCUGGAGGCCCAGAUUGCGAGGAGCGAUAAGAGGAUUGAGGAGUUGGCGGUGAAGACGAAGAAGGAGAGGAAGGAGCAUGAGCAGUUGCGCGAUUCGACGGCGAGGCGGUUGGCAGCCAGGUUGACGGGGAAGAAGGAGAAGUUUGAGGCGAGGGAAGAGAAGGAGGAGCGGGAGUAUGUUGAAGCGCUUCAGAAUGAGAUGGUGGAACGCGAUAAUCGGAACAUGCUCCAGCAGCUGCUCACGGAGGCUCUAUCUGAGCGCCAAGAUCUAGAACAGAAAGUGAAGAAACACGCGUCUCUGAGGGACGACCUGAACAAGCUAUACUCACGCGUCUUCGAUGGUCCUUCCCAAUCCUUCCCGGAAGAAGAUAGAUUGGAAUAUGACGUUCAUGAUGCACAUCGCCGCCAUGAAGAGGCUCAGCGCGCUCUGAAUGCUGAGAGCCAGGCGACUGAACUCCUGGCCCGGGCUAGCGGACUCAUGGACCGGUGCCAGGGCAGUAUCUCGGAGGCCUUGCGUUACUCGAGAUACGAUAUGAUGGGCGGUGGAAGCAUGGCCGAUUACAUGGAACGGAACGCCUUGACGAAUGCGCAGGCCUACGCACUGCAGGUGGAAUCCCUCGUGGACCAAGCCAUCCGUAUAUCCCCAACAGUCCAACCUGUCGGACGCGUAAAUAUAGCCUCUGGAUCUCUGAUGUCGGAUGUGUUUUUCGAUAAUUUCUUUACGGAUAUGGCGUUUCAUAAGAAGAUCCAGAACUCUGCUGCCCAGGUCGUCCUGGCAAACAACAGGCUCAAGGCCGAACUCUCAGCUGCAGCCCACAGGCGAGACGCAGCAGGUAACCGGCUCAUGGCCGUCUCCCGCGAGCUCGACGAUCGGCGGCAAGAGUUGUUCGAGCUGCGGAAGGCGUUGUUUGAGAGUGUGGCGGCGCAGGUGCCUAAACCGCCGAGUUAUGACACGGUUUUUGAGCCGCCGCCUGGUCCGCCACCUGGGCAUCCUGAGUACCAACGACAACAGCAACAGCAGCAGCAGCAGCAAGGUACACCGGCUUCGCCUCCGCCGGCGUUUCCUGUAGCGGAGGUCGGGUCUGUUCAGGCUGUCCCGAGUCAGGUAGCUGAGCCUCAGCCGAUGACGACGUCCAGUUCGACCUCGAGCUUAGGAGAGGGAGAGGGAGAGGGAUCGACUAGCCCUCGGCCAUGGGGAUCCCGAAAUCCUUAUGCGGCGGCUAUAGCUGCUCGAUCGGAUUCGUUCUCGAAAUCCUCUACAUAG